ACCCCGUGCACCGCCGCAGUCGCAGCAAGUGGAGACACUCUGGGUGCAAGUUCUUGUUGGUGGAGGAGCGACAACAACAACAGCAGCAAAGUUCACGCCAGCUAGCAGCAGCAGCAGUAGCAGAGACAUUGAGAAAGUCAGAGCGAGCAGCAACAACAACAACCACCACAACCACCACCAGAAAUCCCAUCGGUAGUGGAGCCACCACGAAAACAACCAUCUCGACCAUGCCGGCCACCGAUAGAGACCUGGCGGAGGACGCUCCGUGGAAGAAGAUCCAGCAGAACACGUUCACACGCUGGUGCAACGAGCACCUCAAGUGCGUGAAUAAGAGGCUCGGAGACCUGCAGAAGGACUUCUCCGACGGCCUGCGGCUCAUCGCCCUGCUGGAGGUGCUCAGCCAGAAGAGGAUGUAUCGGAAGCACAACCCCAGGCCCACCUUCAGGCAGAUGCAACUCGAGAACGUGUCCGUGGCCCUCGAGUUCCUGGACAAGGAGAACAUCAAGCUGGUGUCCAUAGACAGCCAGGCCAUCGUGGAUGGGAACCUGAAGCUGAUCCUGGGCAUGGUGUGGACUCUGAUUCUGCACUACUCCAUCUCCAUGCCCAUGUGGGAGGGCGAGGAGGACGAGGAGGAGGCCAAGAAGCAGACGCCCAAGCAGCGUCUGCUGGGCUGGAUCCAGAACAAGCUGCCCGACAUGCCCGUCGGCAACUUCAGCAAGGACUGGCAGAACGGACGCGCGCUCGGGGCGCUCGUCGACAGCUGUGCGCCCGGUCUGUGCCCCGACUGGGAGACGUGGGAUGCACGGCCCCCCGUGGACAAUGCUCGCGAGGCCAUGCAGCAGGCCGACGACUGGCUCGGUGUACCGCAGGUGAUCGCCCCGGAGGAGAUCGUCGACCCCAAUGUGGACGAGCACUCGGUGAUGACCUACCUGGCUCAGUUCCCGAAGGCCAAGCUCAAGCCGGGUGCUCCCCUCCGCCCCAAACUCAACCCCAAGAAGGCGCGCGCUUUCGGCCCAGGGGUGGAGGCGAUGGGGAACAUGGUGAUGAAACCGGCGGCCUUCACUGUGGAGACCAUCAGUGCCGGGCAGGGAGAGGUCCUGGUGUUCGUCGAGGACCCUGCUGGGCACAAGGAGGAGGCUAAAGUGUCUCCCGUCAAGGACAAGAACCAGACUUACUCUGUGGUCUACACGCCCAAGGUGGUGGGGCCUCACAAGGUGACGGUGCUAUUUGCUGGGCAGCAUAUCAACAAGAGCCCCUUCGAGGUGUCUGUGGCCAAACCUCAAGCGGAUGCGAGCAAAGUGACGGCGCGGGGGCCUGGCCUGGAACUCAAUGGCGUCAUCGCCGGGAAACCCACGUACUUCGACAUCCACACGGCCGGUGCGGGCAUGGGAGAUGUGCACGUGGCGAUCACGGACCCGCGGGGACGCAGCGACACUGUGGACGUGGAGCUGGAGGACCGGGGCGAGAGCGUGUAUCGCUGCGCGUACCGCGCCGUGCUGGAGGGAUCGCACAGCGUCGCAGUGUCCUACGGGGGCACCGCCAUCCCGCGCAGCCCCUUCCCCGUCAACGUCGCGCAGGCGAGCCAUGCGAGCGCGUGCCGCGCCACGGGCAGAGGCCUUCAGGUCAAGGGCGUCCGCAUGAAGGAGGCGGCUGACUUCCGCGUCUUCACGCAAGGUGCCGGCACCGGGGAGCUCAAGGUGUCGCUCAAGACCCCAAAUGGGCACGAGGAGCCUAUUCGUCAGAAGGCCGGUGGCGAUGGCGUAUAUGCGUGCGAGUACAUGCCCAGCGUGCAGGGCAAGCACGUGGUGUCAGUCACCUGGGCUGGCCAGCACAUCCCCCGCAGCCCCUUUGAGGUGGAGGUGGGCCCCGCCGCGGGGGAGCAGAAGGUGCGCGCAUGGGGCCCCGGCCUCCGCUCCGGCCUCGUGGAUCAUCCGGCCCACUUCGUGGUGGAGGCCAUCGGGGAUGACAUCGGCACGCUCGGCUUCUCGAUCGAGGGCCCGUCCCAGGCGCGUAUCGAGUGCCAGGACUGCGGCGAUGGGUCUUGUGACGUGGUGUACUGGCCCGGCGAGGCCGGCGACUACGCGGUGCACGUGGUGUGCGACGACCAGGAUAUCAAGCACAGCCCCUUCAUGGCCGAGAUCGUCGCGGCCCCUGCAGACUUCCAUCCCGACAAGGUCAAGGUGUUUGGGCCGGGCCUGGAGAGCGGCAAGGUGGUGGUGGGCAAGCCCAUUGAGUUCACGGUGGACGCUCGCGCGGGGGGCAGGGCCCCCUUGAAAGUGUACGCACAGGAUGCGGAGGGCAACCCGAUCGAUGUGCAGGUGAAGGACAAUGGCGACGGCACAUUCCUGUGCCGCUACACGCCUCGCAAGGCCAUCAAGCACACCUUCCUCACCACGUGGGGCGGCGUCUCCGUGCCGGGCAGCCCCCACCGGGUGACGGUGAGCAAGGGCAGCUACCCGCAGAAGGUGAAGGUAUCCGGAACGGGCGUCGACCGCUCCGGCAUCAAAGCCGGGGAGCCGGUGGAGUUCACCGUGGACUGCUCUGAGGCCGGGGAGGGUGACAUCAGCAUCGGCAUCAAGUGUGCGGCGGGGCUGCUGGGCCCCACCGAGCAGGAUCUCGACUUCGACAUCAUCAAGAACGACGAUGACACCUUCACCGUUCGCUACAUGCCGCCCGCCGCGGGCCGCUACACCAUCAUGGUGCUCUUCGCUGACCAGGAGAUCCAGCAGAGUCCGUUCCGCGUUAAGGUCGACCCCUCCCACGACGCCUCCAAGGUGAAAGCUGAGGGUCCGGGCGUCAACAAGACAGGUGUGCAGGUGGGCAACCCGACGCACUUCAAGGUGUUUGCGCAGGGGGCCGGGCGGGGCAAGGUGAAUGUGGAGUUCACGGGUGCUGGCAAGGGCGAAUUGGUGCGCGACUUCCACAUCCGGGAAGAACCGGGCGACACCCACAGCGUGGAGUACACACCCUUGCAGCCGGGGAACAUGGCGGUCGCGGUGAAGUAUGGGGGCGACCUCAUCCCGCGCAGCCCGUUCACCGUCGGCGUUACUCCGGCCGUCGACGUCUCGAAGGUUCGCGUCAACGGCCUCGACAAAAAGGCGAUUGUUGGCCAGGAGUUUGUAUUUGCGAUUGGGAAGCGUGGCGCGGGGGGCCAGGGUGCCCUGGACGUGCACGUGGCCGGGCCGACGCGCCGGGCCUUGCCGUGCCGCCUGGAACCGGCGCUCGAGGGCUCCGAGUGUAGCUUCACGCCGCGCGAGGCCGGCACACACCUCGUCACCGUGAAGUAUGACGGCGUGCCCAUCUCCGACGAGCCCUUCUCGCUCGAAGCCGCGCUCCCGCCCGACCCCUCCAAGGUCCGCGUGUCGGGCCCCGGGCUGCAGUCAGGCGAGGUGGGCCGCCCGGCGCAGUUCUCGGUGGACACUCGCGGUGCGGGCGAGGGUGGCUUGGGCCUCACGGUGGAGGGCCCGCGCGAAGCUCGCAUCGAGUGCGAGGACAACGGCGACGGCACCUGCUCCGUGGCAUACACGCCCGCCGAGGCCGGCGAGCACCUGGUCAAUGUGCUGUUCGCGGGGCAGCACGUCCCGGGGUCGCCCUUCCGCGCCCUCAUCCACCCGACCUUCGACCCCUCGCGUGUCGUGGCGUCUGGCCGUGGCCUGGAGAGGUGCAAGAUGGGCGAACCGGCCACCUUCAACGUCGACUGCUCGAAGGCCGGCGAUGGAGACCUGGCGGUGGACGUGCUGUCGGAUUCGGGCAUGCGUGCCGAUGUGAAGACACGGCGCGGGCCCGACGGCCUACACGCCGUCACCUUCACACCGGUCACGCACGGCCCGCACACUGUGUCGCUCACGUACGGCGGGAAGCCCGUGCCACGCUUCCCCGCCAAGGUUGCGGUGGACCCCGCCGUCGACACCAGCGGCAUCAAAGUGUCGGGCCCGGGUGUGGAGGAGAGAGGCGUGUUCUGCGAGGCGACAACAGGCUUCACGGUGGAUGCGCGGGCUCUGGGCCGCGCGGGGAAUGGGGCCCGUGUCGUCACGCGGGUGACCGGGCCCUCAGGGGCCAUGAUGGAUGCGCCCGUCAAGGCCAAGGGUGACGGCACCUAUGCUGUGGAGUACACUCCCUGCGAGAUCGGUGUGCACACGGUGGACGUGCUGUUUGAGGACACGCCGGUGCCGCGGAGUCCGUUCCGCAUCGCCGUCGACGAGGGCUGCGACCCCUCGCGGGUCCGAGUCCAUGGGCCCGGACUCAAGUCUGGCAUCACCAACCAGCCUAACCGCUUCACUGUGGAGACCAGGGGCGCUGGCACUGGAGGCCUGGGCCUGCAAAUCGAGGGCCCCACGGAGGCCAUCAUCUCUUGCACUGACAACAAGGACGGCAGCUGCCUGGUCGAGUACGUCCCAGAGACGGCGGGAGACUACGACGUGCUCGUCACCUACGGCGGCCACCCCUGUCACCGGCAACAUGUGGAUUUUUGUUUGGCAGGGAGCCCGUUCCGCGUGCCUGUCAAAGACACCGUGGACCCGAAGCGCGUGCGCAUCUCGGGGCCUGGGGUGGGUGGCGCUGUGCGUGCCGGCGUGCCGCAGGAGUUCAGCGUCGACUGCAGCAAGGCCGGCGCGGCGCCGCUUGAGGUCACCGUGAAGAACCCGAAAGGUGUGCUGGAGCCCGUGCAGGUGGAGGAGCGCGCGGGUGGCCUGCACGCCGUGCGCUACGUCCCCACCGCGGAGGGGCCCUACACGGUGGCCGUCAAGUACAACGGAGAGAACGUGCCCAACAGCCCCUACAAGCUGACAGUGCUUCCCAAGCACGACGCCAGCAAGGUGCGCGCCAGCGGCCCCGGCCUCAACAAGACCGGCGUUGAGGCCAGCUUCCCCGUGGAGUUCACCAUCGACGCCCGCGACGCGGGGCAGGGUGUGCUGGCCGUGCUCGUUACGGACCCAGAGGGGCACCCUCGGCAGGCGAGCGUGCGCGACAAUGGCGACGGAACCUACACGGUGUGGUACGUGCCGGACUGCGCCGGCCGCUACACCAUCGUGGUGAAGUAUGGCGGGGAUGAGAUCCCGCUGUCGCCCUACAGCGUGCGUGCGGUGCCCACCGGCGACGCUUCAAAGUGCCGCCUGCAAGCGCCAGCGACGCACCUGGCGUUGGGGCGCAACACGGCGUUUGCGGUGGACGCGCGCGGCGCGGGCAAGGGGAAAGUGACAUGCCGCGUGCGCGACCCUGAGGGCCGCGAGGUGGACGUGGAGGUGCAGGAGCAGCCCGAUGGCAACUUCCUCGUGCUGUACAGUGCCGACACGCCAGGGCCGUACGUCGUCACGAUCCGCUAUGGCGGCGAGCACAUCCCCAACAGCCCCUUCCGCCUAGUGGCCUCCAAGGACGCGCCUGUAGUGGAGGAGCAGCGAGUGUCGGUGAAGCAGCAGCAGCAGUCCGCUCUAAAGCCGCUCCGGGCACAGGAGCAGGUGGGCCACGCGCUGCGACCAUUCAGCCUCGUCAUCCCAUUCGUGGUGAGGCGUGGUGAGGUCACUGGGGAGGUGCGCAUGCCCUCGGGUCGCAAGGAUCGCCCCGAGAUCGUGAACAACGGUGACGGCACGGUGACGGUGCGCUACUCGCCCGUGGAGAAGGGCCUCCACGAGAUGGACAUCAAGUACGAUGGAGAGCACAUCCCAGGAAGCCCGCUGCAGUUCUACGUGGACGAGGUGGAGAGCGGGAACGUGACUGCCUACGGACCGGGCCUGAGCCACGGCGUCGCCAACCAGCCGGCCUGCUUCACCAUCGACACCAAAGAUGCUGGCGAGGGAGGGCUGUCGCUGGCCGUGGAGGGCCCCUCCGAGGCAGAUAUCUCGUGCCAGGACAACAAGGACGGCACCUGCUCUGUGUCAUACCUCCCCACGACGUCUGGCAUCUACAGCAUCGUCGUCAAAUUCGACGACCAGUACAUCCCUGGCAGCCCCUUCUCGGCCCGCAUCACCGAGGACAGUCGGCGCCGCACUCACCUCAGCGUGGGCACUGCACAGGAUGUGUCGCUGCAGAUCCAGGAGACUGACCUCAGCGUGCUGAGCGCCAGCAUCGUGGGGCCGUCCGGCUCCGAGGAACCCUGCCAGCUCAAGCGCUUGCCCAAUGAACACAUUGGCAUCUCGUUCACUCCGCGCGAGGCUGGCACACACAUGGUGAGCGUGCUAAAGAACGGCCGCAACAUCGCCAACAGCCCCUUCACGGUGCAGGUCGGCCAGUCCGAAAUCGGCGACGCGCGACGUGUGCGCGUCAAGGGUGCCGGCCUGCGCCAGGGCCACACCGGCGAAGUCUCGGAGUUCAUAGUCGACACCAGCGACGCAGGCUACGGAGGCCUCAGCCUGUCCAUCGAGGGCCCCAGCAAGGCCGACCUGGACUGCGAGGAGCUGGCCAACAGCGCUUGCCGAGUUUCCUACCAGCCACUGGAGCCCGGCGACUACCUCCUCAACAUCAAGUUCGCCAAGGAGCACGUGCCAGGGAGCCCGUUCACGGUGCAUGUGACAGGGGAGGGCCGCGUGAUGAGGCAAAGCAUCACGCGUCCGCGCCACGCGGCCUCCGUCGCCUCCGUGGGCAGCAUGUGCGACCUGAGCCUCAAGUUGCCAGAGGUCAAUGCGGCAGAGCUGUCUGCGGAGGUGACGAGCCCGUCGGGGAAGCGCGAGCGUGCCGAGAUGGUGGCGGUGGGCGGCGGGCAGAGCGGCUCGUACGCCGUGCGCUUUGUGCCACACGAGAUGGGCGUGCACACGGUUAGCGUCAAGUACCGUGGCCACCACGUGCCGGGCAGCCCCUUCCAGUUCACGGUGGGGCCGCUCGGCGAGGGGGGCGCCCACAAGGUGCACGCCGGGGGGCCCGGCCUCGAGUCCGCCGUGGUCGACUCGCCCGCCGAGUUUACGAUCUGGACGCGGGAGGCCGGGGCCGGGGGCCUCUCGAUUGCCGUGGAGGGACCCAGCAAAGCCGACAUCUCCUUCGAGGACCGCCAGGAUGGCUCCUGCGGCGUCUCCUACGUGGUUACGGAGCCCGGUGAAUACGAGGUGACGGUGAAGUUCAAUGACGAGCACAUCCCCGACAGCCCGUUUGUGGUGCCGGCGUCUACCUCGACUGACGCGUCGCGCCGCCUCACUGUGGCGAGCCUUCAGGAGUCUGGGCUGAAACCCAAUCAACCAGCGUCGUUUGCUGUGAACCUGAACGGGGCGCGGGGGAAACUGGACGCAAAGCUUCAUUCUCCCUCGGGGACCAUCGAGGACUGCAUAGUCUCAGAGCUCGACAACGACAAGUACGCGAUCCGGUUUGUGCCGCGGGAAAACGGCACGCACGCCGUACACGUCAAGUUCGACGGUAGCCACGUGCCGGGCAGCCCCUUCAAGGUGCGCGUCGGCGAGCCUGGGCAGACUGCCGACCCCGGACUUGUGACGGCCUACGGGCCUGGUCUCCAGGGCGGCACUACCGGCGCGCCGGCAGAAUUUGUGGUGAACACCACGCGAGCCGGUGCCGGUGCCGGGGCCCUGGCGGUUACCAUCGACGGGCCCUCAAAGGUGCACAUGGACUGCAUCGAGUGCGCCGAGGGCUACCGCGUGAGCUACACGCCCAUGGCGCCCGGCAACUACCUGGUCGCGGUCAAGUAUGGGGGCCCCCACCACAUUGCGGGCAGCCCCUUCAAGGCCAAGAUCACCGGCCCACGUCUCGCCGGUAACGCCGGAUUCCAGGAGUCUUCAUCGGUGAUGGUGGACACGCUGACUCGCUCGGUCGCCCAAUCAACCUCGGCGGUGGCGCCGGGUCUUGCGCGCUUCGUCUCAGACGCCAGCAAAGUGGUGCCACGCGGCGCAGGCCUCAACAAGGCCUACGUUGGCCAGAAGAACAGCUUUACUGUCGACUGCAGCAAGGCUGGCAACAACAUGCUUCUGGUGGGCGUCCACGGGCCACAUGUCCCGUGCGAGGAAGUGGUGGUGAAGCACACGGGGAAAGGCGCCUACGCAGUCUCCUACACCCUCAAGGAGCGCGGAGAGCACAUCCUCGUCCUCAUGUGGGGCAACGAGCAUGUCACCGGCAGCCCCUACGUCGUCAACGUCGUCUGAGCGGCUGGCGAGAGAGCCCCGCCGCGUGCGUCUCCUCCUCCUCCCCUGCCCUCUUUCCGCAUCAACGACCUCCACACUCGUCCACCCUGUCGCAACUUCACAAUUCACUCGACAUUCCCGCCCCACCGUGUACAAUCACCGCAUGUUAUUGUGUAAAGUUGCCGCCCUUGUGCAUCCGUGUGGGGUUUUGGUUUGGUACACGCCAGCUUGCCCGUGAGCUGGCAUGAGGGACGGGUUGGGAAGGGAGCGUGACGCAAAUGUUAACGUUUUGUGGUAGUUUGUGAAAAGUUUUUGUCGCUCGCCUAUUGAACAAUUCUUCCCCGACCCUUUUGUUAGCGUUCUUUCUGGGUUGCCUUUGAUCGAUGCCACCCCGUCUCACUUUCUGCAUUUUUUAUCUCGUUUUUGGUGGCUGAUGGGUGACUUUUUUCUAUUUGGUGCAUCUGCCUGUGUAGAAUUGGUUUUUGUGAUUUUUGUAAUGUCUUCAGUGAGACACUGUACAUUGGCAGGGCUACUUGUCGUAGCUGCGCUGCUGUCUGGGCUUGGUUGAUCUGUUUACUGUAGCUAUUCAUGUAAACCACUUUCUCGAUUUAAAGUAAUUCGAAUUUAUAUUUUUUAUGACUUCAGUUUUCUAUGUCGAUGCUUAGUCUAUUGACUAAAGUUUAGCAAAUAGUGUUACGAAAGUCACCCGAAGGUGAUUCUUGAGGGGCCUGCCUACUCGGACACAUCUUGGCCAAUCCCGGGACCCGUUGCUGUGGCGACCUGCUGCUGCUACUACACCUCCCAGUUAAGCACGCCGCGAUUGGCUUCUGAUGGGUCAGGAGGGGAGAUCCCACAACCCAUGUCUUUUUGGUCUUUUUGUAUCGACUUACAAGCCUAAUUAUAAAAGGAAAAAGUUUGACUUAUUUCUCUCAGAUGACACUGAACUGUUAUAACUGGAUCCCCGCCAAGGCCUCGUUUUCAGUGAACGGCGGCCGCUUGAAUGUAUGAUCGCUGGGGGAGAGGGCAGCAUGAUGCCUUGCUUCCGUCCUGGCAGCUGUAGCGCAAACACUGGUUGUCGCUGAAUGUACGGAGGGGCCCCACACGCCAGGUGGACCAAGUUGUUGCCAGCUUAAGAGGAGAAAGUCCUUUGUACCAAUGGACAAAAAAAAUGUUUAGGUUUAGUUCUGUUAUUCUCGAUCGGCCAACCCAAAAGGUAAUGCAACUUAACUAAACUUUGCUGGGGUUUUUCCACUUAAAAAUUUGAAAAACCAGGAAGCAUAUCAGGUUUUAUUUCUGAAAUUUUUUCUUCCAGGCUCACUUAUUGAAAUUGCGCUGGUUAACUCAUUCUCUAACCAAUUUUCCAACAAUACGCUCCAUCCAUUGGAUGUUAAAAACUCUGAUCUGGCAAGCUGAUGAUCAACUAGAAUGCCGCCUCUCCACCGAGGCAACAAGACUUCUGAUCUGGCAAGAUCGAGACCCCCCCCCCCCCCCAAACAAAAAAAACGCAACCUCCAUGGGUGUCUCGCAGUCGGUGUGGUGGCUGUGUGGCAUUCGGUGUCCCCGGCUGCCCUGCGGCCCUCUCACUCUUUCCUGCCUCGUGCCGGCGAGAGCCACGUUGCUCUGCGGUCGUCAACCGCCACAGCGACCUCCUCCC